UCUCUCUCUCUGUUUCUCUGCAACAAGUAAGCGAAAGCGAUCGAGUGAGAGUAUUGAGUUCAACGAUUGAGGGAGUGAUUUUCUCUGCAACGAUUGAGCGAGUGAUUUUCUGGGUUCUCUCUCUGUAACGACUGUGUGAAAUUUUGGGUUCUGAAAUCAAGAAUGGCGUGGUCUGCUAUAAAGCGCAGACAAUUGGAGGAUGGUUUUGGUUCCUUUGAGUUUCAGUUUCAGACCCAGAAGAGGAUAAGGUCUUCUAGGGUUUCUGAGACCCAACGGAAUGUAGCCGUUGAGGGCAAGUCGACCGUUGGUCUUCCUCUGCGCAAGGGUUUGGCUUCGUCUGCUACAAAAAAUGCCGACCCAGAAUCAGAAGAUCUGGGUUUUGAUGAAAUCUGUCAGACCCAGAAGAGGAAGAGGUCUUCUAGGGUUUCUGAGACCCAACGGAAUGUAGCCGUUGAGGAAAAGUCGACUGUUGGUCUUCCUCUGUGCAUGGGUUUGGCUUCGUCUGCUACAAAAAAUGCCAACCCAGAAUCAGAAGAGGGUUUUGAUAAAAUCUGUCAAACCCAGAAGAGGAAGAGGUCUUCUGGGGUUUCUGAGACCCAACGGAAUGUAGCCGUUGAGGAAAAGUCCACUGUUGGUCUUCCUCUGUGCAAGGGUUUGGCUUCGUCUGCUACAAAAAAUGCCAACCCGGAAUCAGAAGAGGGUUUUGAUGAAAUCUGUCAAACCCAGAAGAGGAAGAGGUCUUCUAGGGUUUCUAAGACCCAACGGAAGGAAAAGUCGACUCUUGGUCUUCCUAUGUGCAAAGUCAAAGGUUUGGCUUCGUCUGCUUCAAAAGAGACGUUGGAUUGUUCUAAGGUCUUGGCUUCUCUGAUGAACCUCGGCCAUGCGAGCUACUUCAACAAGCCUGUUGUUGAUCCUGUGGCUGAGAAUCUGCCGGGUUAUUUCGACGAAAUCUGGAGGCCGAUGGAUUUGGGUACUGUGAAAUCGAAAUUGGAGAGGGGUGUCUACUCCAGCGCUGAUGACUUUGCUGCUGAUAUCAGGCUUAUCUUCUCAAACGCUUUCAGAUAUUUCCCCCUUGGGAGUAGAAAUCGUGCAGCAGCCAAGCAUCUCAGUGGGGUUUUUGAGACCCAAUGGAAAGAAGCCGAGGAGAAAAUGUCAAAUGCUGCUUGUCCUCCUCCUACUCCUCCUCUGCCCGAACGGAGACCAAAUGGCAAGAGCUCUUCUGCUUGUACGGUUCUUAUGCAAAGUCAAGGGGUUGUUGGGGUUUCUGAUUCUCACUCAGUUAAGUCAACCAAAGAUGACGACUUGGGCACCCUUGUUCAUCAAGCCAUGUAUCAGGCCACAGACAAUACCCUUGUUCAUCAAGCCAUGUAUCAGGCCACAGACAAUCUUUCUCCAUGUAAGGCUAGGCGAAUUCAGUCGCUCAAGAUGCGAUUUGCAGGUACAAUACGGAAAGCAAACAAGAUACUAAAGGGUCUACCUGAUUCUCCACCAAGGAGAAAAUUGAUGCAUCGGAUGGAGCAAAGGGAAUCGGCUCGCCUUGCUAUUUUGAACAUGGAGAAGUCAGUCCAAUUUGAGGACCCUUUAAAGGAUCUCAAACAACUUGAGAUUCUGUGUGGCUGUGGCAGUGAAAAGGUCUACCUUGGAUUGCCUCUUAAGCAUUUGGGUUUGUACCUCAAGGAAGAUGACGAGUUGCAGGGUCAGGACGAGGAGGCGUUUCUGAAUGGAGAUUGGGAGGAAGGCGAGAUCUGCUGGCAGGAGGGCGAUUGGGAGGAAGGUGAGAUCCGCUCAUGAAGUACAGUUUUUGUGUGAUUGCUAUUUGAUGGCUAAUGCAACUGAGAGCGAAUGGUUUGGGCAUGAGGGACAAAAGUAUGUAAGUUUGCAAUAAAACUGAAAUCAAAUCACACGGAAGCUUAUCAAGAACUUGGAGACAAUUCCCCAUCUUUGCAGGUGCAUCAGCAGCAGCUUUUCUUUCCCUAUGAACGUAAACCAUAGAGAAAUUCCAAACUCCAGCUAAUCAGGUUUCUGCAUCUUUAAGUCUGUUUUGAUUUAUUAAAGGAAUGAAAUGAUGAAUAAGUGUUUCGCAUCUGUACAAAUAAAAUGAUUUCUUGUAUAAGCUGUUCAGUUGCGAAGGUUGUUGCUAUAGAGUGUGUGCCCCACUCGUCUAACCCCAGCAUUGGCAUUUGCUUCAGUAACCCUGAUAAUCAGGUACCCCAGCUCCGUUUCACCUCUAAAUUUAUGCUUUAAAGAUGAAUGACAUUUCAUGCAACAAUUUACAGAGCUGCUACUGUUUAGGAAAUCUAUUCUACCAAUUUGUGUUUGUUGGUUUCAUCUUGUCAGGUGUUUAUGCCUUGUUUAGGAAAGCUAGUUUGCAGUUUGCAUUGCUGUUGGAGUUGUGUGGCCUUCAUCAUCUCUUCAAUAAUCUUCAAUAAGGGUUAUAUCAUGGCUAUUUCAGGUAAAAUUGCUAAAGAUUUUAUAUUAUAGAUAAUAUUUGUUUUUGUUAACUUGAAAAGGAAAAUGGAGUGAAAAUUCCAUUAUUGAUUGUUCUAAUAGGUUUUCUUGUGACCUUCCAUACAAUAAAUGAUUCAUUAUCUUUGCUUUAUGCUUAGCUAACAUUGUUCUUAAGAAACUGCUACUUUCAUUAACAUAAUGUAUCACAAUCAUUUAUUAAAGUGCUAUAAAAAGGUCUGUGCAGUGAUCUUUUUGUAAUAGCUUCUAUAGUGAUGUCUUGGAUGCUAUAAUCCAUUUUUGUUUUUUUGUUUCAAAUACUUCCUACUUGGCUUAGAGGGAUCUGUAUAUGCCUCUCAAAGACGAUGAGAUCUUUGAGCAUGUACAUGGGAGGUGACGAUAAGUUAAAUUUCUUGGCUAUAGACCAUGGGUUGAUAAGUUAGUACUUUUAUAAUGCGGUGAAGAUCAUCACGUGUAGAUACAAAGGAGCUAUUGGCUUAGAUUCACAUUUUAAGAUCAAUAGGAAUGGUUGAGAAGGUUGGUGUGCAAGGGACUGAGUUGCAUUCUUUUAAUUGAGACAUCUCAAAGUGUUUGUGGAAUUCACAUCCCACAAAUUGAUGCUUUCAUUGAGAGCCACCUCAACAGGAUUUUCUAUUUUGUUAUAGAUAACUUAGAACCUUGCUAUUAUUAGGGAAUCUCUUUUACAUUUUACUUUCUAAUUUGUUAUAGAUGAGAUUUCCAAUGUGGAUAUAGUUGUCUCUGCCUGAUGCAAUCCUAGACAUCCAGAUAUCUUGGAAACAUUAGCAAAGUAUGUGCUUGUUCAUAAAGUUUAUUUUUCUUUGUUCUGGGUACAUUGCUUUCUGAGCUUAUCAUUGUGCUAGUUUUUCUUUCUUCCUUUUGGUUUAAUAAAGAAUGAUAAUGAUGCAAGCCAGAAUAUUUAGCAUCUUGAGCAACCAAUUAUUCCUUGUAAAAGAAUGUUUCUUUUAUGUUGGUUUUGAUUUAAUAAGGAUUUCUUGUCAAAGAUGUUCAGUUGGCUGGUCAGGUCCCCACAAUUUUUUUUUCCCUCUUGUACUGUCUCUUCACGUCAAUAAUGCCAUAAUAUGAAGGAAACUAUGGAGUCUGUCCCCUUUUUUAAACUCUGCAGUGGCAUUUGCUUCAGUGACUCUGAUAAUCAGGUACACCAUCUUCAUUUCUCCUUUAUAUUUAUGAAAUAACCCAAUCAGUGUUUUCUUUGUUUUUUCUUUUGUGGCUUAGAUUUCUCCCUCCUUUUUUGUUUCUUUUUCUGGGGUCUCAUUUAUGUUGCUGUCACUAUGGUUAUGUUUUAAAGAUUAAUGACAUUUCAUGCAACAAUUUACAGAGCGGCUACUGUUUAGGAAAUCUAUGCUACCAAUUUGUGUUCUUUGGUUUCAUCUUAUCAGAUGUUUUGAGCCUUGUUUCGGAAAUCUGUGGUAAAUAAAAUUUAGGUUUGUUUCAUAUUAGUAUGAUUUUCACUGAGAACUUGGGUUGAUGAAGGAGAAAGGUUGUAAGUGAGUUUUAAAGUAUACUAACUACAUCUUAUGAGAUCUUGAGGUAGUUUGAGCAUUAUAUAUAGAUUAGAAUGCCCAGCAAGCAGCAGUGAAUUUUUAUUAUAUAAGAUGCCGUAUCUGGUAAAUAAAAUUGUAUACAGCUCUGGUUAGAGUUCAUUUGGUAUUGUAAUAUUUCACCUUUUCAAACGUUUUCUGCCAAUGUACGUGAGCACAAAUUUAAGUCCACUCAAAUUUUCUUUUAUUAUUAUCAAUGACUGAAAAUCAAAUAAACAGAAACCUUAGAAGUUCCACGUUUUAAACAAUUGCCAGAGCUGAUGAGGGCACUCCAAACAAUAAAAAUAGGAAACCAUUUUUAUUUGGACAUGUUAAACAGGAUCCUUGGUUGGUUCUCAUCGUUUACAAAAAAAAAAAAAAAAAAAACCAUGUACUUUCUGAAGUGCCUAAGCCUGCAGUGGGGCAGAUUUCUAAUGUGGAGCAGACGCAGUUUCUGUUACUGAUUGAUCUCUAAUUAUACUAUCCCUGCUCUAUAGUUUCUAACUGUUAUGUGUAUCAGGGUAGAAUAACUAGUAAGGUUGGCUUGGCACACCAUAAAUUUGACUUGGUUUACCCUUCCUACAGUCUAAAAACUUGUACAUCAAGCUUAUUUUUUAAAAUGUAUGGACUUUUGGGUUGUGUGUAGAUUGUUCUGAUUUUAGCAUUGUGUUAAUUGAUUUUGAUUCAAUUAUGGUCAGUAUUGUAUUGUUUUUCACAUGUUCUGAAAAUUUACAGAUGUCAUUUUCUUUUGAAAAAAGUUCUCAAUAUAUGUUAUUAGUUGGUGCUAUAAUCUUGAUAUGUUUCUGUUUCCUGACGGUUGUUCAGGGAAAUUGAAGUAUUUCUCAUAAUAUGUCCCUCUUUUGCUACUCCUUUGCGUCAAUAAUUUCAUAAUAUGAUGAAAACUAUGGACUGUGUGGCCCCAUCGUCACUGUGUUUUCUUUGUUGUCUUUUGUGCCUCAGAUUUCUCUCUUCCCCCUCCCUCUUUUAAAGAUGAAUGACAUUUCAUGCAACAAUUUACGGAGUGGUUAACUGUUUUAGGAAAUCUAUGCUACCAAUUUGUGUUCGAUGGUUUCAUCUUGUCAGGUGUUUGAGCCUUGUUUAGGAAAUUUGUGUAUGUUAAUACAGACUUUGUGCCUUGUAGAGUCUUAUCCAAAUUGUAUAUUAGUAUGAUUUUCACUGAGAACUUGGGUUGAUGAAGAAGACAGGUUAUAAUUUUUAAAGUAUACUAUCUGUAUCUUAUGAGAUCUUGAGGUAGUGUGAGCAUUAUGCAUAAUAUUAGAAUGCCCAACAGGCAGCAGCUCUGGUUAGAGUUGAUUUAGUAUUGUAUUUGUUCACCCCAAUAAGUAUGGCUUUGUUUU